AACGGUCAUUUCGUUUCACAAAUAUGGUAUCAUGUGCCUCUCUUCACUUACCCGCGUAUAAUAGAACCGUCCACCAUGUCUCUUUCUGUUUACAGCUAACAUCAUCGCGACCACGCUAACCUACGCCUCCUCUAUCUCAGCACACGCAACGACUAGUACUAGUGAGCAGUAGCACUCUACAGUCUCUCCAUCAAUCAGUCAACAAUAAACAAAAAUAAAAAAUAAAAUAAGAAAAGAAACUUCUAUUUUUUUCCUUCACUUUCUCUACAACCAAACAGAGGUUGAUUGUACUGUCAGAGCUUUUGAUAGCGGAGUUACUACUAGUUAGGGUUUGUCUCGUGAACUUGUAGUUGUUGUAGAGGCUAUACUUUACAAAAUGUUCGGUUUCUCUCGAAGACGCAUGAAGCUUGGAAGAGUGAAGAAGGUUCAGCUAUCAGACUCUGCUCAGGGAAUUAAGAGUCCUAUAAGGCCUCCAAAACGAAAUAACAAUCCCGAUGGUGAAUGCGCUGCUCCUACAAAUAGUCAUUCUGAUGAACGCGAUUGCCAGUGUUCAUCUGCUGUGCCCGAAACUAGUAGUGGCACAUCUGGAAACUCUGAGAAUUGGAUGGUUUUGUCAAUUGCUGGGGAAAAACCUGCCCCCCGUUUUAAUCAUGCAGCGGCUGUAAUUGGUAACAAGAUGAUAGUGGUUGGUGGUGAGUCAGGGAACGGAUUGUUGGAUGAUGUACAGGUGCUUAAUUUUGACAGAUUUACCUGGACGGCAGCUUCAUCAAAACUCUACUUGUCACCAAACAGUUUGCCACUAAAGAUUCCUGCAUGCAGGGGACAUAGUCUGGUCUCUUGGGGAAAGAAGGUGCUCCUAGUUGGAGGAAAAACUGACUCUGGGAGUGACAGAGUUUCAGUUUGGACAUUUGACACAGAGACAGAGUGUUGGUCUCUGAUGGAUGCAAAGGGAGACAUACCGGUUGCUCGCAGUGGACACACUGUGGUUAGGGGAACUUCUGUUUUAAUCUUAUUUGGUGGAGAAGAUUCUAAGAGGAGAAAACUAAAUGAUCUGCAUAUGUUUGAUCUAAAGUCUUUGACAUGGCUUCCUCUUCAUUACAAAGGAACAGGGCCAUGUGCUAGAGCAAACCAUGUGGCAGCACUUUAUGAUGACAAGACACUCCUUAUAUUUGGAGGAUCAUCAAAGUCCAAAACAUUGGAUGACUUGUAUUCACUUGAUUUUGACUCGAUGAUAUGGACUAGAAUAAAGAUUCGAGGCUUCCAUCCAUCACCUAGAGCUGGAUGCUGUGGGGUUCUAUGUGGCACUAAAUGGUAUAUAGCAGGGGGCGGAAGUAGGAAAAAACGACAUGCUGAGACUUUGAUCUUUGAUAUUCUAAAAGUGGAGUGGUCUUUGGCCAUUACAUCUCAUCCAUCUUCUGUCACAGGCAACAAGGGAUUUAGCCUAGUUCUUGUGCAGCACAAAGAAAAGGAUUUUCUUGUUGCUUUUGGAGGAUCCAAGAAGGAGCCAUCAAAUCAGGUUGAAGUACUGAGCAUUGAAAAGAAUGAAUUAUCUAUGGGUCACCGAUUCACACCAAUUGGUAAAGGUCCAGGACAAUUGCUAUCGGAAAAACGCUCAUCAUCUGUGGCAAUGGCAACUCAACUUAAUAAUGGGUCUUCCCAGCGUUCAGUUGACUCUGUUGCAAGGCAAAACCUAGCCUCUGCCAUUGAACAACAUGGUUCUGGUCGGAAAUCUUUGUCAGAGUCUUCACUAGUUGAUGCAAACACUAUUUCUGGAAAUGUCUCUCUUGGCAAGCAAUUUCAAAAUGAGGAAGAAUACAGCACAGCUGUUAAGCCGGCAAAAAGUCUGGAGGAUGAAACUUCUUUUUCUCAGGCAAAUGAACACAGAAUAAACCAAUCUGAUUUGGGAACCCAGGCUAAUAUUGGUGGAGGAAAAGUCAAUACGGAUGAAGUGCUUUCAUUUUAUGCUGAAAAUUUAAAUAUCCAAGCCGUUGGAAACUUUCCUGCAGAGAAUGAUGAUGUAAUAUACGCACACAAUGACAGUAAAUCAGGAGCAUUAUCAGGUCCUUCAAGCAUAUAUCAGUUUUAUGAGGCGAAGAUGGCCACUCUGAUAAGAAAGAAUGGUAUAUUAGAAGGACAAUUAGCAGCAGCAUUGUCAAAUCGAGAAGCUGCAGAGAAAAAUUUGUCUUCUGUUCUGAGGAGCAGACAGGAGUUAGAGAAAAAAUUGGUGGAUACAAUGAAGGAGAUGGAGUUGCUGAAAGGAAAGGUUGCUGGUUUAGAAUUAGCACAAGAAGAGGCGAACAGCUUGUCGAAUAUUGUCCACUCUGACAAUGUAAGGCUUGAGCAUGAUGUGGCUUUUCUAAAGGCAGUUUUGGAUGAUACCCAGAAGGAGCUACACUCAACUAGAGGAGUCCUUGCAGGGGAGAGAGCAAGAGCAUUCCAAUUACAGGUUGAAGUUUUUCAUCUAAAACAAAGAUUACAAUCUUUGGAGAACCGAGCACCUACUCCCAGGAAACCUUUCAACGUGUAAUAUGAAGGAGAAAUCAGAAUGAAUAAGGUUACUGUUCUGUUUUCUGAUGCGCACGAAGUGCUCUUUCAAAGCCAGCCAAAUCGAUCUGUUCACUCGGCCAACCACAGGAAUCUCCAUGCUAGGUUCCUAGCUGGUAGUAUGAUCAGAGGGAGUUGUUUUAUUGUAAUGUGCUGUAUAUAUAUGUAACUGAACUAUUGCCACGAUAUAUGUAUUCAGUCGUAAAAUUUAUUUAGUCUGAAUUUGGAGGAUGUUCCUAUGAACCAACGUUUAUUAAUGUGCAAAACCCAAUAUAUGUCAAAUAACUUUAAAUUUCUAGUUUUAA